AUGGCCAAAGGGAUUCUCAUCAUCAGAGUCCGAACCAGUCUUCAUUAUGUCAUCCAUAUGGUUCGUAAGUGGUAAAUAUCCACACAUGCCAACCUGAAAAGGGCUAAUUAGUAUUGUAACUAGGUACCGGAGUUCCUUUUGCUUACUGUUGCAGCAAAUGGGCUACCGUUCCAUGUCAAAAGUGCUAUCAAGGACGUUGCACAACCUUGGCUCAAUCCCCACAAGACAAUAUUCCUGCCGAUUUGCUCCGUUUCUCGUUGCAAAAUCUCGUGUAUGUAUUUGCAGCUCUAUUUGCUUUUAGUAUUUUCUUCCCGGACCGAAAUUCAAAGAGUAG